AUGGGAGAGGCGGCUGUCUGUCGCACGAGGAGGAGCAGGAAGCCACAAAACUUCUUUAAAGAGCAAGCCUGUUGCUUUCUCUGCUCGCCCUCGGCCUGGUGUCCUCAGGCCCGGCCCCAACACCCGGGCGAGUUCGUGGACCUGUAUGUGCUACAGAAAUGCCCCGCCAGCAAGCACAUCAUCGGCUCCAAGGACCACGCGUCCAUCCAGAUGAACGUGGCUGAGGUUGACAAGGUUACGGGGAGGUUCAACGGCCAGUUUAAGACCUACGCUAUCUGCGGGGCCAUCCGCAGGAUGGGUGAGUCCGACGACUCCGUCCUCCGGCUGGACAAGGUGGACGGCAUCGUUUCCAAGAACUGA